GUGGGCUAAAGGAAGUGGCAUUAUCUCCUUUUAUAUUCCAGGUGCAAGAUGCGUAAAAUGGAUCCAGGCCCCUGAAUGUACCACUGUGAAGAUCAAGUUCAAUUCUUUUAGACUUUAUGGAAAAAAUGCUUAUUGUGGUGGAAACCGCUGCUGUUAUUUCGAUGCCCUGGAGAUAAGGACCACCAACCUUAAUGUUGGUGACGUCUACUGUGAUCAAGAUAUUGCUGCCGGAGCAGAAUUCACUUCUUCAAGCAAUCAGAUGAUCCUUUUCUUCAGGACAGCAUCAAACUUCUAUUCUGGAUGGUCUGCUAAUGUGACCUUCGAACCUGUUCCUUCAUGUCCGUUGACAACGACUUCAGCAAGCACAAGUACAAGUACGAGUACGACCACAACUUCCCCAACCACCACAACAACCAACGCUCCUACUGGUGAUCAAUGCAAUACAGUCCAGUUGAGUCCUUUGUCAAUGCAAUGGACGUCUCCAAACUUCGGUCUGGGUAAUUACCCCAACAAUGAACCCUGCUCACUUGUAUUGUCAUCGACUUCUCCAGCAUGGCUUGAGUUGCAGCUGAAUACAUUCGCUUUGCACAGGACGGAUCAAGUUUCUUUCCUGCGGCCCUCCACCACCACUCUUGUCCUGAAAAACAGUCAGACCGGCGUCAUGAAGCUUCCAUCCAUGAAUACCGUCGCCAGUUUCUUGAACAGCGCCACCAGAAAUGGCGUCGGAUUCAACAUCACAAUCAGCAGCAAGACCACCAGUUGUCACCAGUACUUUAAUGCAAAUGGUCGUUACAUUCUUGUAAAAGACUGUCUUGUACUUAAAAGGCCUCACGUUCUCGAUUGUGUAAGAACUUCACAGUUGUAA